CUGACCCCAGACAGAGAGGUGGAGGACCGAGGGACCACCAUCAGAGCAGGGUCAUCUGAGCAGGUGGAGUCUGAGUCACUAUCCUCCUUCACCAUCCCCAAACACACACUGCCAAAGCCCUGCAAGCCUGCUGACCUAGGGCUGGGACCCACCGUCAUCCAUGGAGCUGCAUGGAGUUGGCAGCUCUUGGCUGAAAAUAAGGAGCGGACUGGAAAUGGUGAACUUUGAAAAGUGCACAAAGUUGAGACCAACCAAAAUGUCAAUGAUCAUUGUAGUCUACUUUCAUUAAUCAAACGUGGCAUUCUUAUCUUAACCAUUCAGUAACACAGGUAACCACUGACCACCUUACAGGUUGACCGAUGCCUAUACUGAUAUUCAUUCCUGAUGGCAAAAAAAACACAAAACACAAAAAACAGCCACACUCACAGAACUCUGGAUCAUGGCAUGUCUCAUGGCCUCCAUCUAUGGUGUCGAUGUCAGUCUCAUGUUGCAUGUUGACAGCCUCAUAGAAGCAGCUACAACAUUUUCCAUCUAGAUAGAACUGCCAAAAGGGGUGGAGUUGCAAUCGACUGUAGAGAUAGCCUGCAGAGCUCUAUCAUACUAGCAGCUACAACAUUUUCCGUCUAGAUAGAACUGCCAAAGGGGGUGGAGUUGCAAUCGACUGUAGAGAUAGCCUGCAGAGCUCUAUCAUACUAUCCAGGUCUGUGCCCAAACAGUUUGAGCUUCUACUUCUAAAAAUCCACCUUUCCAGAAAUAAGUCUCUCACUGUUGCCGCUUGCUACAGACCCCCCUCAGCCCCCAGCUGUGCCCUGAAAACCAUAUGUAAAUUGAUUGCCCCCCAUUUAUCCUCAGAGUUCGUACUGCUUGGUGACCUAAAUUGGGAUAUGCUUAACACUCCGGCCAUCCUACAAUCCAAACUAGAUGCCCUCAAUCUCACACAAAUUAUCAACGAACCUACCAGGUACAACCCUAAAUCCGUAAACAUGGGCAACCUCAUAGAUAUCAUCCUGACUAACUUACCCUCUAAAUACACCUCCGCUGUCUUCAACCAGGAUCUCAGCGAUCACUGCCUUAUUGCCUGCGUCCGUAACGGGUCCGCGGUCAAACGACCACCCUGUCACGAAUGUCGGUGGAAUGCGGUAGGCCAGAGUCGAGCGCAGGACACAGAAUGAGAUGAAGAACCACUUUACUGAGUAGUAAAGAAUUACAAGCAAAACCCUCCAAACAACAAAGGAGGCGCAAAACCCGCUCACAAAAUGACACUCGUACAAUCCAAUAAACACGCACACCAAACAGUAGACGUAAACAGGUUAAAUAGGAAGACAAUCUAACAUAAUAGGGAACAGGUGUGCAACAACAGACAACAAUCAAGUGAACAUAGAAACAUAUAACAUAGAGCGGCAGCAGCUAGUACUCCGGUGAUGACGAACGCCGAAGCCUGCCCGAGCCAGAAGGAAGGGCAGUCUCGGCAGAAUCCCUGACACACCCCUCAUCACAGUCAAACGCUCCCUAAAACACUUUAGCGAGCAGGCCUUCCUAAUUGACCUGGCCCAGGUAUCCUGGAUGGAUAUCGAUCUGAUUCCGUCAGUAGAGGAUGCCUGGUUGUUCUUAAAAAGUAAUUUCCUCUCAAUCUUAAAUAAACAAGCCCCAUUCAAAAAAUACAGAACUAAGAACAGAUAUAGCCCCUGGUUCUCCUCAUACUUGACUGGCCUUGACCAGCACAAAAACAUCCUGUGGCGUACUGCAUUAGCAUCAAAUAGCCCCCGCGAUAUGCAACUUUUCAGGGAAGUUAGGAACCAUAUACACAAGCAGUUAGGAAAGCAAAGGCUAGCUUUUUCAAACAGAAAUUUGCAUCCUGUAGCACUAACUCCAAAAAGUUUUGGGACACUGUAAAGUCCAUGGAGAAUAAGAGCACUUCCUCCCAGCUGCCCACUGCACUGAGGCUAGGAAACACUAUCACCACCGAUAAAUCUACAAUAAUCGAGAAUUUCAACAAGCAUUUUGUUACGGCUGGCCAUGCUUUCCACCUGGCUACCACUACCCCGGCCACCAGCUCUGCACCCUCCGCUGCAACUUGCCCAACUUGCCCGAAAUUGUCGCAACCCCUAUUACUAGCCUGUUCAACCUCUCUUUCCUAACGUCUGAGAUCCCCAGAGAUUGGAAAGCUGCCGUGGUCAUCCCCCUCUUCAAAGGGGGUGACACUAGAUCCAAACUGUUACAGACCUAUAUCCAUCCUGCCCUGCCUUUCGAAAGCACCUUACCGAUCACUGCACCUGUACACAGCCCAUCUGAAAUUAGCCCACCCAACUACCUCAUCCCCAUAUUGUUAUUUAUUUAGCUAAUUUGCACCCCAGUAUCUCUAUUUGCACAUCAUCUCUUGCACAUCUAUCAUUCCAGUGUUAAUACUAAUUGUAAUUAUUUUGCACUAUGGCCUAUUUAUUGCCUUAACUCCAUAACUUGCUACAUUUGCACACACUGUAUAUAUUUUUUCUGUUGUAUUUUUGACUUUAUGUUUUGUUUUACCCCAUAUGUAACUCUGUGUUGUUGUUUUUAUCGCACUGCUUUGCUUUAUCUUGGCCAGGUCGCUGUUGUAAAUCAGAACUUGUUCUCAACUGGCUUACCUGGUUAAAUAAAGGUGAAAUAAAAAUAUAUUCUGGAACACUUGGCUUCUGUCGUGACCUGGUAUAGGUAACAUCUUUCCCCUUAUGUCACUUGCAGUACUUUUUGGAUAGUUUCGAGAAUCUCGACACUUUGGCACCGGACGAGAAUGCCAGUGAGUAAAAAGUUUUUUCCGACUGGCUCCACUGCAACCUGUCUGGAACUUCAGUGCGUCUCUGUUGCUUGGUUGUUGCCAUGCGACACAUGCGACAGCUACUGCUGUAAAAUAUAGCCUAUUUGGCUGCAGAAGAUGGAAAACGAAGGAAAAGUGAAAACAGAGAUUAUUACUUUGUUAAUUGUGCAUUUAGUGCAACAUGGAACACAGCUCUGCAGUUUUGUGUCAAGAUUGUAAAAAUCAGUGCGCCGCCCGGGAAUCGAACCCGGGUCGAAAGAAUGGGAAUCUUCCAUGAUACCACUACACCAGCGGCGCAGAUGAAUAUAGAAUCAAUUUCUGUUUAUAUGAAGAAGCUAUAAAUUAGUUUAGACAUUAUAUAUAUAUAUGUAUGAUAGCAUAUGAAUACUAUUCUGGUCACUAAAGCGUCAUCGAUAAUUGUAAAAAUGUAUAAUAAUUGUAAAAAGUCAACAUUUAGAGUCGAGCGUUUGGAAGAUUUUCACUUCCGGUUCAUGAAAAGGGCAACAAACACUAUCCGAACAUUGUUACAAGCUACCCAUGAACUUUUACCACAAAAGUCAAAUCAGUUUUCCAAAAGUAACAUACACUAGUACCUUGACGAUAACUAAGAUUAUUACCAAGUAAUUAGCUACAGGUUUCAGGCGGAUCCGGUUGUCCAGGUUUGUCAUAACAUCAUUGUAAACACAAUAUUAUGGUAGCUAGCUAGCUAGAUAAUGCUAAUUCCACAUUGCUAGCUAGCAUUUUUUUCUGUAGCUUGCUAGCUAUCUAACAACAUUCUGUAUUAUGACAUUCAGAUAUGUUUUGUUUUCGUUAGUAGCUAAUGUUCAUUGCACAGUUAAAUGAAUUCGUCAAAUUGGUAUAGUAUCAGGACAAAUGGUUGUUGCCAUAGCUUAACACACAGGGUAACGGUUUGGUCUGGAUACAUCAUGGCUGUUGUGUUGUGCUUGCUAUUCUGUCAUUUUUCUACACUACGAACAGACUAUAGAGCCUGCAGUCAUGUCUGAAGAAGUGAUCAUCAUGGAGUGGGCAGCGGCUGGUGCAUCAGAAGAGGGAUGUCAAGCCCAACUCAUUACAGGUGUGGUACUCAGGCUACAGUAGCCGAAUUCAGUCAGUUUCAUAUUGUGUUUGAAAUGUACUUCUGUGUCAGGACUGUUUGUCAUGUACUGCUGUUUCUCACUGGAUCUGUGUUGUCACAGUGUUUCCUGACAGCCUGGUCCAGAAUGUAUUGGUGAACACCGUGGUACAAGGCCAAGAGGAGGAUCAUCCACUACUAGAUGACAAUGGCAAUGACCUCUGUGAGUGACAACGGUUCUGUGUACUCUGACUAUCUUGAAUUCCAAGGCCGUCAAUGGUCUUUGCAUGCAUCUUUCAAAUCAUAGUUGCUUAGAUCUACAGUUAGUAAGUGUAAGGCCUUGUUAUGUCCAGUUUAGUUUACCACAUGAUUGUGUCAUCUUAGUUAGGCCUAUCACUUUGUAUUUUUAUUUUUACAGAUUGUGAGGAGUGUCAUGCCUCCGACAAAGACCAGUGUGAUAUCCAAGGUGGUCUGUCCUUCAUGCUGGACUCUCCCACUCCAAUGGGCUUACCCCAGAGGGCCCUCCUCACCUUACCCCACGGGCUGGUGGUGGGCAGGUCCAGUAUCCCCGGGGCAGGCCUGGGGGUUCUAAACCAAGGGGCAGUUGUGGCCCCAGGAAUGCACUUUGGCCCCUGUGAGGGGGAGGUGACUACCAGGGACAGCGCAGUAACAAGUGACUACUCCUGGGAGGUGAGUACUGACGAAUGCAACACUGUACUGUAGUUUGUGUAAAACAUAUCCCAUGUCGUUCUGGACCAUUGUCUCUAUGUGAGCAUGGUCAGCUGACAUUAUUUAUCUGUGUUGUUCUUAUUAAAUCGCUCAUCUAUUUUCAGGUCUGGAACAGUAAGGGUGAAUCUGAGUACAUUGAUUCUGCAAGAGACACUCAUUCCAACUGGAUGAGGUAACGUGUGUUGUAGAACAUACCUUCAAUUAUUUUACACUGUGUCUGUCUGUCUGUCUGUCUGUCUGUCUGUCAUGGAGUGCUUAGUCACAUUGUGCUCUCUCUUCAUCUCUCUCUCAGGUAUGUGAACUGUGCUCGUAGUGUAGAGGAGGGUAAUCUCAUAGCACUCCAGUACAGGGGGAUUGUUUUCUUCCACUGCUGCCGCUCCAUCCUCCCAGGAGAUGAGCUCUUGUUUUGGCCUGGGGGCAGAUUCAUCGACAGGUUUAGGGACCCCUCUGACCAAAUCUGGCUCCGAAAGAGCACCCCUUCAGGUACUCAUUCCCAGUCUCCUGUUACAACCUUGCUCUGGCACUGGGCGUCUAGAAGGCUUCUGUGAGGUGUAUAAGGGAUAAUAAUAGGGAAUAUUACAUUUCUCUAAAAAGUUUAAAGAACGUCCCUUUAGUUUAAUUAGACUCUGUCUUCUUCUUUUCUCUGCAGCAGAUUUGUCGUCUCAGGUUUUCCUUUGUAGUCAGUGCCAGCUUUCUUUCACCACCGAGACCUACUUCCAAAGACAUAAAGAGCAAAUACACCCCCUGGACCUAUCACCUGCGUCUGCACUGAGUGAGCUUGACAAUCACCUUUCUAACGGUAACAUGGACCCAGACCCUAUGUCGUCCUCUCUCGGUGAGUUGGGCUACCGGUGCCCUCAGCGUCCUAAGAGCUUUAAACAGAAGGGCCACGUCCAGAGAAACAUGCAAGCUGUCAACUCCGUCAGACCCUACUGCUGCCCCCAGUGCAGGAAGUGUUUCGCUCAGGUGUACGUCCUGGCGAGGCACCAGCUACGAGUUCACGGAACGAAGAAGAAGCGUGGAGUAGUAGAGGUCAGAGGGGAGAGUUCGCUCCCGCCUCCUUCUGACAGUGCCUGGGAACCCAAACCUCCGUCCAUUGAUCCACCUACAGAGACCCAGACAGGGAGAGCUCCCUUACAGAGACUGAGGAACCUCAGGGUAAAGUCCAUCAGGAACUCUAAAGCCAAAACUAACACACUGAAACAAAGAGAAACUAUUAUCAAGAAGAGGUCCCAUUCAGAUGCUCCGGACAUGGAGGAGGAGAGAGAUGCUGUAGGAGAGGCCCAGUACAGAUGCACUGAUUGUCAGAGAACCUACGGCAACCCAGAGUCCCUUAAAGCCCAUCAGUGCAUCCCGGUCGUGGUGGGGCCGCAGCCGUACUCUUGCACUAUGUGCGGGGUUACCUUCAAACGGUACACCACCCUGAAGAAGCACAAGCUCAACAAGCACCCGAAGGAAAAGAUGCUUUAUUGCUGCACCCACUGUGGAAGGUUCUUCAGUCAGGCUGCCGGUCUACAGCGUCACCUGGAGGCUGAAGUAUGUAAGAACAUCCAGCUGAGCUCUAAAGCUGUCCCCUGCUCCUACUGCCAGUUCUCCUUUACCGAGGAGAGGUUCCUCCGGAAGCACGUUAAGAGACACCACCCUGAUGAGUAUGUCUCUCAGGCCUCAGGCCUGGGCUCAGGGCUCAUUCAGCCAGAGCAGAAGGCCAGAGAAGCAGGAGAGGUCCACCUGUGCUUGCAGUGUGGAAAGAGCUACGAGUACAUUCAAAGCUUCAAAGCUCACAGGUGUUUCCAGUCAGUCACAGCCAAACUGCACUUGUGCAAUGACUGUGGGAAAGGUUUCUCUUGUUUCUACAGCCUUAAGCAGCAUCAGCGGAUUCACACGGGAGAGAAGCCAUACCGCUGCCAUUACUGUGAGAAGUGUUUUAGCCACUCUGGACAUCUCAAUGUGCACAUGAGGAUACACACAGGGGAGAAAUCUUUCCUUUGUACUGAGUGUGGAGAGAGUUUCCGUCAGUCUGGGGAUCUGAAGCGCCAUGAGAGAAAACACACUGGGGUGAAACCAUGUACCUGUCCUGAAUGUGGGAAAAGCUUCAGUCGACCUCAGAGUCUGAAAGCUCACCUAAUGCUGCACAACGGAGAGAGACAGUACAAGUGUGAUCAGUGUGGGAAAAGUUUUUCACGAAAUUAUCACCUGACGAGACACCAUGAAAAGACACACUCAUAAUUUGGUUGCACCACACACUAUUGACUAUUGGGUUUCUUUGAAAACACUUGGUUAAGUUUAUAUAUACCCAUUGCAACAUUCACAGCUGAGAAUACCACUUCAUGUAAAAUAAUGUGAUUUUUGUUUCUACUUUGGUUUUCAAAGAAAAGGACAAUGUGUUAUAGGCACUACAAGUCUUCCACCAUGACCACCCUGCUUCCCUACAAGCUAUGGGUAUUGAUCAUGAUCUGGCCUCAAUUAGAAAAGGGGACCAUCUUAAACAGCUAAACCAAAGGGAACAUUUUGGGAUUUACAAACUACAGGCCACUAAGUACCCUGGUUUAACAUUUACAUUUACAUUUACGUCAUUUAGCAGACGCUCUUAUCCAGAGCGACUUACAAAUAGGUCGGGAUUGAAGAUGAAUGAAUAUAUGGAUUUAUUACCUUUCCUGUAGGGUCGUGAGAGGUCCCUUUGCUGUCAUCUAGGGGACAUUUUGUUCAGCUAUGUUUAGACUGUUGUGGUGCAUGUUUGCUGUGUUCUAGUGUACUAUAAAAUAGAUGGCGCUCCUAUUCUUAACACUUUGCCCAGUCAUAUUCAAGGUUAGAACUACCUUUCUAGGGGUUCUGAUGCUCCUAGCCUUGAGAUGCAUUUUUUUAUAACAUAUCUACAGUAUUUCACUUUUGAAUGUGUAUAGUAUUGUUUACUAGGUGUUGUCCAAUGAAUUCUGUAACCACUCCCUCUUCAAAUCAGGGUUGAUUGGAAAAAGCUGUUCAAAAGAGGACAUUGUAUUAUCGUAUCUUUGUACUCCCUGGCGAAGGCCAUGCAGCCGAAACGCGUCAGUCAUUCAUCUUUGUUUCCAGUGAACAAUACAAAUAAAGGCUUUUUAAUUGAUAUGAAGAGCCUUGGUCCUCCUUUCUUUAUGAUGAACAAUGUGUUAAUAUUUGGUGUUUUUUAUUCAUAAUAUAUUAUUAUUCAUAAUAUGCCAUUUCCAAUUUGGAAUAGAAUAGAUAUUUAUUGUCCCUGGAGUACAAUUCAGUUUGUGAUCUGGAGAUAAUGGAAGAAGUUAUACAAAUAAACAAAAAUGACUGACUUCAGUAUCACAGUUCACCAUUUAUUGCACAAAACAUAAUGCAAAGCAUGUGCCCUGUCCAAGCCUAAAAUCUGAUGAAAAUACUCAAAACAUGCCCAUGAGAUAGAGUAUGUUCAUGUGAUAACCCCCCAGGUCUAGCCUCUCUGAAAUUAAUUCCUCCUUUCAUCAACACUUUCUUUGCAUGGCUUUUCUUACCAGCUUUAAUCCCUCACAUAUGGUGUUUACCAUGUUAUAAACAUAAAAUAUAACUCAAAUAUUUCAGUUUUAUCUAUACAAACACACUGGUAUGAGAGUUGACACAGUUCUCUCCAAACGUUGUGUGAAGAAGCAGGUGAAUACUACCUGGCAGUGAUUCCAUGUGCUACACAGUCAGGGGAACGGGGAGGAAUGUUUCAUCACCAUUAAAGUCCAUGGUUGUGUUCACAAUGGACAAGUCCAGUUAUUAGACAAGUCCAGAUAGGCCUAGUCCCUCCCUGUUUCAGUCCAUUUUCUUCUGUUUGGUUCCUAAUGAACAUGACCCAGUUGUGUUUCCCAACACCUUUCCAUCACCAGUUCUUGUGUAUGCCAUUCAGUCAGUGUUGAACACAUCUUUGAUAACAUUCACAAAAAAAUUAAAAUUGAAAAUCAAAUUUCAAUCAUGUCAUGUCCCUUUUGUGGCACAGCAGAUAUGGAGGAUUUCUCUCCUUUUUACAAGGAGUUAUGUUAUGUAAGUUGAGUUACAGAAAUAAGAAAGGGGUUAUUACUGAAGGUUUAGUAUGUUCUUACUGAAUCCCAUCAGUAGCAUUACUGGGUAGUGGAGUUGACUGACAAUACACAGACUUUAUGGCUGUGGCAGCAGUUGACUAACAAUACACAGACUUUAUGGCUGUGGCAGCAGUUGACUAACAAUACACAGACUUUAUGGCUGUGGCAGCAGUUGACUAUCAAUACACAGACUUUAUGGCUGUGGCAGCAGUUGACUGUUUGAAGUGCCAAACCCCUGCAAAGGUUGGAUUGUUGAUGUAAUUGUAGAAGGAGAUAGCCCAUCUCUUCUUGUCCCUUUCAUUCCAGUGAAGCACCAAACGUUCAAUCCAGCUAUAUCUUCUCCAGUGUCGACGUUUGACAAUUUACACAUCUUCCUCAGUCACAUAAGUUAUCAUAUGCACCAACUGUUGACUCCAUUAGUUCAUCCUAUAUAUGUUAAAUGUUAUACAUUAAUAAAAAUAUAUACAAACUCAAACUUUUGUUUUAUAAACCACAUACAGUAUUACAACUGUACAAUGACAAUCCAGAAAAUGAAACGUCGCAAAACAAAAUAGGCAAAUAAAAGAAAGAAAAUGAAUUUGUUUUGGCAAUUGAAAUCAAAAGCCUGGUCUUCUAAUUCACCCAAACACACUAUUGGUGAUCAAAUUGUCAAAUACUGAACACUGGGAAUGAAAAAUUCGGAACAGCAACGGUUAGAGCUCCACAGAAGUUCUUGUCAGUAUUUUUGAAUGUUAAGAAAAAGGUUGAUUAAACUGUCAAACUAGUAGCCAUAGCCAAUAUUUCCACCUGGGAAAUCUUAACAAAACAAAACAUGAUUGAAAGGGUUGUUAGAUAAAGAGAUUAUAUGCAGCAAUACAAAGCCUGAGGGUACCUGUAUUCGACCGCAAACCAGGCUAAAGUUUGAGACAAUAAAUAUCCUGGGUCCACUGCAAGUACAAUAACACUAUCCUCAUAUUCACUUCUUGAAGUUCUUGAAGAGACUCUCUUAGGAAACAAGGCUUUUAUAAAGGUUCAGAUUUCAGCUCCUCAACAAUGCAUUCCAGAUCUGCUACCUGCAAACAAACACAUACUCAUUAUGGUUGUGUAUUAUGAUGAUAGACUACUAGAAACUUUACUUGUUACCAAAAUACAUUCAAUCAAGUUUCUCAUACACAAAGUUGUCUGCAACUGCUUUGCCAACGUUCUGCGUAACCAAUGGUCUCCCUGAUGGCUGCACAUGAUGACUUUUAUAAUAUAACAGUAGUAUAUGCCAUUUAACAGACACUUUCAUCCAAAGCGACUUACAGUCAUGCAUGCAUAUAUUUUUCGUAUUGGUGACCCCAGCGGGAAUCGAACCCAGGAACCCCACAUACAACCAUCAGUCUCCACUAUUACCUGUUCAUGGAGCUGUCCUGACUCCUCCCUCACUGAUGCCUCGGCCCCGUCCUGUACACAGCGCUGAGUCUCCUUCUUCAGGUACUCAAUCUCCCUGGAGAGGAGCCAUCACAGAGACACCAGUCACACCACUAUAAACCACUUCUCUUUCCACUGUAAUGAAUAA